UACUGAUCGCUCACUCAACAGUUGUGUCUGCUAAACGCGGCCAAUGGAGUCGUGGGGGUGUCCCGUGGUUGAUUCAGCUGCUUUUGAACAACGAUUACGUCCCGCUCUGACCAGUUUUGCGCUUCGACGUCUCGCAGAGAGGUACGAUUCACACUUGGCGAGCUCGGUCCACGCACAGUGAUUCAUUACGUAGGCACACAAUUGUAUUGCACCUCCAACCCGCACCGGGCAAUUCGUAUUUACUCAACGUUGUGCUUCAGCCGAAUUUAUAUUUCUUUUCACUAGCCGCUUUUGAAAAAGCCUGAAUUAGACGAUAGAGAGAGGUUCCUUCUUCCGCUGGAUUUCAUAGGUCGUAUAUCGAUGUGAGAAAGAAAGAGAAAGAAAGAGGGAGGAGGGGACUGCACGGAAGAAUGUACAUCGCGAUCGAAGACGAGGCAAUCGUGCCGAAACGUUUCGCCGUGUGCGACUUUUAUGACGUUGAGACGUGCUUCUGUUGGGACAAUGACAGACUUGUUAUUUUUCCCUACACAAAGGACAGCUCUGUUGGGGCGUGCGACAUGCGGAUCCUGGUGACGCCGGCCCCCAUCAGGAGUGUACAGUUCUUCGACAGCCGAGCCUUCGUGAUAUGCAUGCCGCAGAGCGUCUACAAGCUGUCGCGGUCCUGCGAGUUUGCCCUCCUGAGCAAAAACGCGCUGGACAUGGGCGGCGAGUUCUAUCGGGUGCUCGUCGCCUGGAACAACACCGUCUACCUCGACGACAAGCAGGACAAGUCGUCCACGCUGCUGUUCCCCCUCGAGCCAAACGCGAGCGAGACGGUGUGCACGUUCUCUCUGAACCCGGCGAGCACGGAGCCGGAGCUCGUGAGCUGCUUCGCCGCCGGUUGGGAGACCGAGGGUAAUCUGUGCCUCGUCGCGCAUCACACGAAGCUGUACGUGCUGAGGGGCAACGCCGUACAGCUGGUUUACACCAGCGACUUCGCUAUCGUGGACAUUCUGCCUGUGAAUAGGCGAGACAAGGUAGCGGGUCUGCUGCUUCUAACAACACGCGCCAACGCGAUAAUCUUUGUGCACGGCAGAGACGACAAACUGGUGUUCGAAAGGGUUAACCUUGGGGAAAACGUGAAGGACCGAGUGGCGAUCUGCGCCAGUUUUAAUCUAUGCGUAGAGAACAUUUUGUGGAUACUGUGCUGCGAUCUGUCCAGGCUGUAUUACAUAAGAAAAGAGGCCUUCGUGGAUAGGGUUCAAGAGGUGAAAGUAGAGGAGAGGACAUUUACGUGCAUGCAGUAUUACAAACCAAAUAUAAUUCUAGGUCUGUCACAGAGGAAGGAAUUGGUGGAGCUUUCGCUUGAAGGGUUAGAGAACUGGUCAGCCAGUAGUAAUAUCCUUCUUCGCGCUGAAAUGUUUAGCAGAACAGACGUCAUUAUGGAGAAGAUUUGCGCCAAGGCGAAGGAACUGGAUGCGCUCUACGAGAACUUGACGAUUGAACAAGACAAGUUGAAAAGAAUAGGUCUGUACGCUGCCAAACAAAAACUACAAUUAAGUCCCUGCAUCGAGGUGUCCAGGCUGUGCAGGCGUCGCUAUCUUGGUCUGAGUAUACCGGACAAGCUGCCUAGAAAUAGUUACGUGGUGUUUACCUUCACCUCUGGAAAUCAAAACACGUUCUGCAUAAAGAAAGUCAUGGAGACGUCAAUCGCGAUAAAAAUGCCCAUCAAUGAAAAUUGCAUACUGCACUCUUCGUCUAUCCGCAUGGAUUUGAUCACGUUGAUGAAUGAACAACGACCAUGGUGCCUUAUACAGAAUUUUAUAAGCUCUCCGCCGGAGAAGAAAAAAAGAGGUCGUCCCAAGAAAGAUAAGACUGCCUUCAUAGAUGCUAAAAUAGCGACGUUGCGACAAUUAAUAGCGGAGAAAGGAAAUUUGAGCAUGCCAAAGUUAUGUGAAAUAAAGAAAAGUAUACGCGCACAGUUAUAAUUUCGCAGAGAUAUAAUGGUACUUUAUGCGCUGUGAAUAUAUAUGUAUGUAUGUAUAAUAAGUUUAAUAUGUAUAUAUAUAUAUUUAAUACACAUGUGCCACUAGUUUUCUAUUGCUGUAUUAGAGAACUGACUAUGCAGUAUAAUGAGAAGUUUAACGCGAUAUUUUGUUAUUUUACCAAUUUAAUUGAAUAAUUAUAUAAGUAGUACUGAUUCUCAUGUGAUAAAAAUUAAAAUUUUUUUAUCUUGCACGUUUCACAUGUAUCCCUUUUGAUAUACCUAAGUACAUCUUAGAUCUCUGCGUGCCUUCGUACUGUCUUCUAAAAAAGAUUUUGUAUAUACAAAUAUACAGGGUGAGUCAUUCCAC